UAAGAAAAGCUGUUUUUUCUCAAUGUAACCCCUGUUUCCUGUGCUUUAAGAUCCCCUUAGAGAAGAAUGGCUCCAGGAAAUGGCUCUUUUAUGACUCAGUUCAUUUUGGUGGGAUUAACAGACCAACCAGAUCUCCAACUCCCCCUGUUCUUCCUAUUUCUAAUAAUGUAUAUAAUCACAAUGAUGGGAAAUUUGGGCAUGAUAACUUUAAUUGGGCUCAAUUCCCACCUGCAUACCCCUAUGUACUUUUUCCUCUUUAACUUGUCAUUUAUUGAUCUUUGUUAUUCUUCUGUGUUUACACCCAAAAUGCUGAUCAACAUAAUAUCAAAGAAGAAUAUUAUCUCCUAUAUGGGAUGCAUGACUCAGCUUUACUUUUUAAGUUUUUUUGGCAUUUCUGAAUGCUAUGUGCUGACAUCCAUGGCCUAUGACCGCUAUGUAGCCAUCUGUAACCCACUAUUGUAUAACAAUGCCGUGUCCUCUAAAGUGUGUUCCAGCCUUGUGCUUGGUUCAUACCUAAUGGCAUUUUUUGAUGCCACUACCCUUAUUGGAUGCAUGCUGAGACUGACCUUUUGUGAUGCAAAUACUGUCAACCAUUAUUUGUGUGACAUCCACCCUCUGCUGCAGCUCUCCUGCACAAGUACCUACCUCAUUGAGAUGGAAGUUUUCAUUGUGGGAGGCCUAAAUAUUAUCAUACCCAGUCUCACCAUCUUUAUCUCUUAUGGUCUCAUCCUCACCACCAUCCUCCGCAUUAGCACCAUGGAGGGAAGAUCUAAAGCCUUCAGCACCUGCAGUUCCCACGUAAUUGCUGUUUCUUUGUUCUUUGGAUCAAGUGCUUUUAUGUAUCUCCGACCAUCUUCGGUAUCCAUGGAUGAAGGGAAAAUCUCUUCUGUCUUUUACACCAAUGUAGUUCCCAUGAUGAACCCCUUAAUUUACAGCUUGAGGAAUAAAGAUGUUAGACUUGCUCUGAGAAAAACCCUGAGGAGGGGAGAGUUUUGAUUGAAACUAUAUCUAUCUGUACAUGUAAAUUACAGGACAAAGGGUUUCUGUGUGUUUAGUUAAAUAUUUUCAGUCAUAGCCUUAUAAUCCUAUUUUUUAUAACAUGAUUAUGAAAAUUUGAGCCUCCUCAAUAAUUAAUUUCCAAUCUUUCUAUCUAGACUUCUUUUUUCAUAACCAG